GAGAACAGAGCCUCGCGGCUACCCAGGAAAAUACAAGCUGCCUCCGAAUGUCUCGGAGAACAGUUCAGCAUUUCCGGAAGGUCUCUAAUGUUCCAUGCACUUGUUGAACUUUUCCGACCCUGGAUUUGUUGUCUGGAAGAGUGGAGCGUUUCCCUUGAAGCUAGGGGCUGUCUUGCCCUGUGGGACUAGCAGACACUACUGGAAAACCAACUCUUCUCAUUCUCUUUUCCCAAGGGUUCGUAAUCCGGUGGUUUCUUCCCGGGUGGGGUCCUCAGCCGGGCAUCAAGCAGCCAGGACUCACCCUGCAAGCGGCCUCUGCAGAAAGUUAAAGGACGUUAAAAGUAAAAAGGCUGGGUGGCCUCACUUGGGACCAAAAGGAUGGAGUCCCCGCCCCCUGGUGCAGCAGCGGAGACGGAUCAGAAGCCACCUCUCAGAGGGCUGUGGGCGGGGGCGAAGCAGCUAGGCCCGCAGAACCAGCUGGAAGCUGGUGCCCGGAGUUGGCAGCUCCGAAACCACUCCAGGAAGCAUGGGAUAGUGUAAGACUGGCACCUGACGGCCAAGGAGAGGGAUGGGUAGUCACGGAGACGAGGCCGAGCAACGGAAGGUGGAGGAUCCUUGAGGUGACAGCAAGGGUGGAGGAUCCUGGAGGUGACAGCAAGGGGAGUACGCAGCGGCCAGAGACUGCUGCAGGGCGGGCCCGGAGACUUUGGUGCAGACGCAGGACCCAGGGUGAGCGGGAGCGAGAAAGGGCAGGCCGCAUCGAGACCGAAGGUGCCAUGUCCCACGAGCGGCCGCCCCACACUGACAUCCCCCGCAACCUGAGCUUUAUAGCUGCGCUGACUGAGCGCGCCUACUACCGCAGCCAGCGGCCCAGCCUCGAGGAGGAGCAGGAGGAGGAGCCAGGCGAGGGCGGGACGCGGCUCGGGGCCCGGUCCCGCGCUCAUGCUCCGAGUCGGGGCCGCCGGGCCCGCUCUGCGCCCGCAGGAGGCGGUGGCGACAGGGCACCCCACAGCCGUAGCCCCGACACCCGAAAGAGAGUGCGUUUCGCCGACGCGCUGGGGCUAGAGCUGGCCGCCGUGCGCCGCUUCCGCCCGGGAGAGCUGCCCCGGGUGCCCCGCCACGUGCAGGUGCAGCUGCAGAGGGACGCCCUCCGCCACUUUGUACCGUGCCAGCCACGCGCCCGCAGCCUCCAGGAGGCGCGCGGCGCCCUGGAGCCAGCCAGCGAGCCGGGUUUCACCGCCCGCUUGCAGGCUCAGCGCAUCUGCCUGGAACGCGCCGAGGCGGGCCCGCUGGGCGUAACCGGGAGCGCGCGCGUGCUGGACCUGGCUUACGAGAAGCGCGUGACCGUGCGCUGGAGCGCAGACGGCUGGCGGAACCAGCGCGAGGCGCCCGCCGCCUACGCCGGCCCGGCUCCGCCUCCGCCGCGCGCAGACCGCUUCGCCUUCCGCCUGCCGGCGCCGCCUAUCGGGGGCGCCCUCCUCUUCGCCCUGCGCUACCGCGUGACGGGUCACGAGUUCUGGGACAACAACGGCGGCCGUGACUAUGCUCUACGUGGCCCGGAGCACCCGGGCAGUGGAGGAGCUCCGGAGCUCCAGGGCUGGAUCCACUUUAUUUGAGACGAGGCAGCUGCAACCCACCCCUGGGGGAAAGUACUCGAGGCACCCGGAGGCAGGGGGAAGCCCUUGUGGCGGAAGGAAGGGAGAAAGCGAGACUGGCGCGCAGCUGUUUUGGAGUCUAGCGAGGGAGGGUGAGGCGGAUGUGGGGCAUCUCCGGAGCUGGGGCUGGGGCUGGGGGUGGAGCACCCGGGUUAGUUGUGAGUGGAGAGAAUCCGACGCAGAGAAAAAGGGGAGACCGCAAGGGGCGCUGGAGGGAUUGGAGGACUGCGGAGAGGAGAUGAUGGUGCCUUCUUCAGAAAGUUGGCCUCGCAGGAAUAGUCAAAGGUUAAGGGACCUCUUUGGGUUGAGGAACAUUAAGGACUGGGGAGGUUUGCUAUGUAUACCCCUCCCCAGUUGAAGUCCUUUAAGCUGCUGGUUGCUUCCCCUUUUACCGGCCACUUCAGGUCCCUCAGCCCCAGCCAUCCGAGCUUUAUCUGAACCAUCAUUGCCUCGCUUACUCCCAGAACUUGGUCAUUGCUCCCAGGACAUUAUGUAUGACAGGAUUGCCGGUCACCUGACAGUUUCGGAUUUCAGUCAUGAUGUAUUUGAUGGGGAGUGAUGAUAGGUAGUAGAGCUUCCUCCAGCCGCCAGGCAGUGUGAUAGGGAUUAUAAUGAAGGCAAAAGCAGCUGUAGGUCCGUCCUUGUGGCCAAACUGUGGGACACCAGAGGGGUUGAUACACUCAGGGGCUUCCAGAAAAAAGUACCAGCUUUACUUUUCUGGGUGCCUUCUAAUAAUCUUUAAGCACUUUAUGGAUUGUGUUUGUUAAGGGACCGUGAACGCAACAAUAAAUUGAGAUUUAUGCCUUCUACCUAAGAAAAAAAGGAAGUCUGCCUAAUUUUGUGACUUAGAGCAAAUUACUUGAGUUCUUUGGGCCCUAGUUUCCUGCGUGGGGAAACUGGAUUUGUGUUAGGUGAUCGCUUAAGGCUGCAUUUUCGAUAUUUAUGAUCUGUGCAGAGCACCAUGUAGGUUAGAAUCUCUGAUCUCACGCUGCAUUGGUACAUAGAGCCCUGAAUUUGUGAUGGGGCUUAGGAUGGGCCCUCUAGCUUUUGGCACAGGUAUUCCAGAACCGAGGAAGUGUCCCACAGACAGUCUGCAAUCUCAGGGUAUUCCAGAGCCUUUCCCAAUUCACGGCUCAUCCUCUGCCCCUUGUUUUUUGCUGUUGCCUCCAUAAACUUCAAGGCUGAGGGCUUUAAGACAUCUUUAGGGAAAAUGAUGCUUGGUAGCACCAGAAUGAAACAAUGUGGGCAUCUCUUGAGGAUAAAAGGUUAUAGGUAAAAUGAAUGAAAAACAUCAAGCGUGAGAGCAGCUUGAAAUUUAAAUGGUAUCAGAACAUGGCAGUUUGAUCCAUGUUCUGAGCAAGUGAAAUUGAAGAAGUUGGACUCUCAUUUAUGUUCAUGCUUGCAGUCUCUCCUGUUGGUUACUUUUAAUAUGAAAGUCAUUUCUUUGCUGGUUGCUUGUUUUUCCUUUCCUCUUGCCCUAUACCUAACCUCUUUUCUUUGCUUCAUUGUUCCUCUUCCUUCUCAUCACUUUUUCGUUGAACAUGUAGGGUAUUUAUCUUUAUUUCCUCUUUUCUCUCUUCAUCCUUGUUUUCUGCUCUUUCUUCUCCCUCCUUUUCCUCAAAACCACGGGUGAUCUACCUCCCUUCCUCAGGCUCCUUGCUACUCUUCCAAAGCGGGGAAGGGGAUGAGCAGCUGUUCCUGGCAUUACAGAUAACAAGGGGCUCACAGGUAAUCAGCUUUCCAUACCUUUUUUUUUUUUUUUUAACUUUUUUAUAUUACUGAAUUCUCAAAAGAUUUCUUUUUUCUCUUACUGAAUUCUCAGAAGAUUGUCUCCUUUGUCAUCAAGUGAUGUGUCCUCACUUGCAUUUAGAAUGGAUAGGGCUUGUUACCAUGCCCUUUCUGUCCACAGCCUUAGAAGAAAGCCAAAAGGACUUUGGGUGACUCCAAAAAGAAAUUUAAAGCAUUAUGCUUAGCUUGGCAUGGCGGUUCAUACCUAUAAUCAGCUUUCUGGGAGGCUGAAACAGGAAGAUUGCAAGUGUAGCCUGGGCAACUAGGUGACUUAGUGAGACCCUGUCUCAAGAAGAAAUGAAAGGGUUUGGAGAUGUGGCUCAGGAUGAAGGCCCAGGGUUUAAUUUGUAGUACCAGAAAAGAAAAAAGUCAUCAUAAUAAAAACAAAGAAUUUCAUGUAUCUUGUAGAUCAGCUUUAGGUCUGAGUUCCAACAGAGUGAAAAGAAACUACUGGAGGCUCCUGGGCAUUGCACUUAUUUAGGCAUUGACAAGAAACCCAGGAAGUCUGGGUCAAGGUUCAGUAUGUAAUAAUGUCUUGCCUAGUAUGUUAUUGUUAGGACAUAUGAAUAAUAGAAAUAGCUCACAUUUACUAAUAUAUAUCUGCUAAAAUUGUUUAACAUGUAUGCUCCAAACAACCUUACGAGUUAAGCAUUAUCAUUAUUCCUAUUUUAGACAUAAGUCCCAGAGAAGCUCAGUAAUUUGUUCAAGAUCACAUGGCAGACCCAUAUAACCUAUAUAACCCAGCAAUUCCCAGAGCCAAUGUGAUAGGCCAUGGUUGUUUUGUACUGUUUUGAAACAAAAUGAGGGAUGGUGGUACACACUUGUAAUCCUAGCAGCCUGGGAGGCUGAGGCAAGUGGAUUGCAAGUUCAAACCCAGCCUGGGCAGUUUAGUGACUUAGCAAGACCUUAGCACAAAAAAAAAAAAAAAAAAAAAAACUGAUUGAGGAUGUAGCUCCAUAUGAAUGCCAUGGGUUCAGUCUGUAAGGCCACAAGGAAAAAAAUUCAAACCUUGCUAUAUAUCAUCUUUUUGUACUCUACCUUCCCAGCCUCCUGAACUGGCUUGGAGAGGGAAAAGCACAGGUCCUAGGCUUCCUCUGUUCUGCCACGGACCUGCUGCUGCCUUGCUUCUGUGCCUGUCCCAGCUCCACAAGAUCAGCAAGGGAUCACCCCACCUACCUGCAAGAAAAUGGGAACCUAUUUAAACUCCAGCUUUGUAUACCGUGGAAUUCUCUCCUGGCUUUUGCCAGCCCUCCAUAUAGGUUGGAUUGCUGUACCACUCUCCCUCCCCACCAACCGGGGGGAAUGGGCAGAUUCCUUGAUGCUUCCACUAGAAAAGCCCCUGGCUAGAACAGCCUAAUACUGUGGGUGAGUAAAUACAAAAUUACAUUUGGGAGAGGGAACCAAUAAUAAUAAUAAUACUGUUCCCUGAGCCUGAGCUCGAAGCAGUUUUAGAGGGUAACAUGAGUCUAUAGAAAAACACAGGUCUGGUUCUUUCCAUGUGCUGCCCUAAAGUAAGCUGACAGUUUCCCCCAUUCUUAUCCCAGUCCUGAGCCUGGACUGAACCACUUUCUUGCACACAAAUAAUGGAUGUCUAUCUCUUUGAUCCUGAACUUACACAACUACCAGUGCCACCAAGCCUUGUAAAAUAGGGAAGAAACUAGUAACUUCUUGAGUGGCUUUUGUGUGCCUAGUCCUUUGGAGAUUCUCUGAAGAUAUUCCCUGCCCAGCUGCCUUUGAUGUGCACUCCUCCAGGAUUUGAGCAUUGAGCUCUUCCUACCCUGAAUUUUCCCUCACCCUCUGCUGAGCUGGUGUAGCAUUAUCAUGUAUCUUACCAUCUGCAAAUCUAGUGCCAUGGGGUAGUACUUUUCUUUCAUUCCUGUCUUUACUCUUUCCAAAACCCCCACUAAAUAAAAAGUGCUACACCCUGACAGAUGAGAGUGCUGGCUUUUUCCAGCUGAUUCUGUCCAACCUGAUAUGCAACUACUAGGAAUUUGGCUGAAGGUUGAGAGACCCAAUUAGGUAUUAUGUCUUAGGCAUUGUAGUGGAGAGGUCUUCUAACGGCUGAGGAAUAGGAGCAGUUUGGGGUAUAAUAUAGCAGCUGUGGAUUGGGAAGAGCUGUAAGAGAGGUCAGGGUGUUGACCCGUGAGCCAGUCCAACAGGCACACAGCUAGUUCCCCUAAUCCAGACCUGAAGUCUUCCUGCACCUCCCUUCCCAUAGUCUUUCUUCCAUUGCUUUGUCUUUAUAUACGUAGCUCAUGUCAUAGCAAGCCCUAGCCCCUGAACUUCCCAGUCUAACUCUCACAAGUGUUUCUUUGCAGCUCUUCUGGGUCCUUGCCACUCACACUGAUCAUAGAAUCAGACAUGAAAGGCUUAAGAGAGCAUUGAGAUCAGGAUCUUUUACAGAGAACAGGUUCAGAGAUGAGAAAGAACUGCAGCAGGGUCAGAUCAUUUGUUAGUGCAGCUCGAUUGGGUUUAAGCUCAUGCCCCCUGAGGACAUCCUGUUACCAGUCUGAGAAACAUUUCACACAUUCAGAACCAUGGUCUUUCAUGGGAAGGACUACAUCCAAAAAAAAAAAAUUUUUUUUUUGUUAUGAUUUCUACCCACUUUGUCUUCCAGGCAUAAAGAGGAACAAUGAUAGUUUUCCCUGUACCCAGCCUUUGGAUUUCUUUUGAUACUGCUGCUAAACAUUACUGACCUUAUAAAGACUGAAUAGUCCACCUCUUGAACAGGUAACCCAGCUUGGAAAUGAAAGUUUGUUACAUGAAGCCCCCCAAAACCACUGUUCUUGCCAGGCCCUCCCAGAGCCUCCCCAACCCUUCCCAGCAGCUCUGGGCCCCAAGCCUGCUAAUCUUGUGCCUCAUUUCCAGAUUCUUCAUGCAGCUGUCCUCCCUUAUGAGUACAAAACCUCAUGUUUGAAAUAAAGUUGAAAUAUGAAAAUACAA